UCUAUCUACACAAUCAGAGUUCUCUGCUGAGCAAUUCCUUAAUUACAAUCUGCAGAGAAUUCUAAAUUUUCACUCUUACGUUUGGAAAAUGACGACGAUUGUCCCCACAACGGAAGAAGAUCCCGCUCUCUCCGUCGUGCGGUUCGUUGCCCAGUUGUCGUGGGCCGAUGCUGGCCCAGAGGUAGCAGAGGGACAUGUUAGUAGAUUGUUGGUGGAGGCGCAAGAAUGUUUAAUACAAGAGAGGUGGUUGGAUUUGGCCUCUUUGAUUCUUACUUCUGCUGAUAUCAUUUUCUCUAAGGCUUCUGAGAAAGACCUUGAAUGCAUUUACACUGUUAUCUGCCACCUUGUAAAGAAGCCUGAGAGUCUCGAUCAAGUGCAUGAGAUAGCAGAACUUAUAGCCACAAAGGUUACUCAACAGCCUAAUGACAAACCUGGUCUGCGGUUGAAGAUCUUGUUUAACCUCUACAACCUAUUGGAGAACCCAUAUAGCCAGUUCUUUGUCUAUAUGAAGGCCCUCAACUUAGCAGUCAGUGGGAAGGUCACUGAACAUGUUGUACCUUCUUUUAAGAAGAUGGAUGACUUCCUAUCAGAAUGGAAUCUUGGAACCAAGGAUAAGAGAGACCUCUUUCUCACAGUUGCAAAUAUUUUGAAGGACAGCAAGAGCUCAACAAAAGAGUCUUUUGACUACCUCAUCAAGUAUCUUGAAACUUUUUCUGGUGAUGAUGCAUUGGCUUUGGCUGAAGCUAAGGAAGAAGCUGUUCGUGCUGUUGUUGAAUUUGUUAAGUCACCUGACAUGUUUCAGGGGGACUUAUUAGAUAUUCCUGCAAUAGCUCAACUGGAGAAAGACAGUACAUAUGCACCGGUGUACCAACUUCUGGAUAUCUUUCUUACUAAGAGGCUCAAUGCAUAUCUGGAUUUCCAAACAUCAAAAUCAGAUUUGUUGAAUAGCAAUGGUCUUGUGCAUGAAGAUUGUGUUUCUAAGAUGAGAUUGAUAUCCUUAGUAGAUCUCGGUACCAAUGAAUCUGAUCAAAUUUCCUACUCCUUAAUCAAGGAAACCCUCCAGAUCGAGGACAGUGAAGUUGAGCCGUGGGUUGUCAAGGCAAUUACAGCUAAGCUUUUAGAUUGCAGAAUUGAUCAAAUUAACCAAGUAGUUAUUGUAAACCGUUGCUCAAAGCGUGUUUUUGGACUUCACGAAUGGCAAUCCCUUCGAUCGAAGCUUGCGGCUUGGAGGGGAAACAUUGCUAAUGUAAUGAGCACCAUUCAAGCAAACAAGAUCGUUGAUGAUGGCACCCAGGCAGUGCAGGGACUGACAAUUCGUUGAGAGUACUCUUUGCUAUUAUCUUCUGCGGCUGUAAGUCUGUUGUACUGCUCCAAAGCUCCUAGCUAUUUUUACAAUCUUUGACAACAGGGUUGCUCGUGUUAAAGAGUAGGCAAUCUCCCCCUUUUUUUGUUAGCCGAAAUUGAUACUACAGAUCUGCUCCAAUUUUGUUUUUUGAUAGCUACAUGAAUUGUAUUAACUUCCUUUCCAUGAGUUUAUUUUGCACGAAUAUUAUGAUUUGUUUUCCA